AUGUACGUGCUCCUCGCUGCUGCGCCCUCCUUCCUGCCUGCGCCUCGCACGCCCGCCUGCGGACGAGUCGGACUCUCGCCGCGCGGCUCGGCCUGUGCCUUCUUCGGACCCGCCCAGUACGUGGACCCGCUUGCGCCAAAGGGCCUCGAGCAGUUUGCUGGCUCGAUGACGUCUCGGGUGUGGUAUCUUCCGCCCGAUAAGAGCGACUGGGCCGCGCUCCUCUUCUGUGCACGCCACGAGGCCAUCCGACACGAGCUCCUUCGACUCGAGCGGCUCGUGCCCGUGCUUCAGUACAAGGACAAGGCCGACCCGGCGUUCGAUGCGCUCGAGGAGCUGCACGCAAAUUACUGCGACGCGGCGAUUCGGUUCACGCACCAGCUCGAGGAGGAGGCGCUCUGGCCAGCCAUCGGCGAGGUGCUCGAGGUGCCGGCCGAUAUCCAAGAGCGCACCACCGUCGGAGGGACGUACCGCACGCCGGUGCAGUGGGCCGAGUCGGACUACGAGGAGCUGCGCGAGGCGUUCGCGUCGCACAACGUCAACACGAUCCGGCAGGUCCUCCCCGCCUUUGCCGAGAAGGCGGGCAGCCUGAUGGAGGAGCAGGAGCGCCGCCUCGCCGCGCUGCUCCGCGAGAGCGGCCGCGGGCCCGAGUGGGGCGAGCAGCUGCAGGCAAAGCUGGACGAGUUCGCGGCUACGCACCCCUUCGGCGCGACGAUGCAGCAGCUCAGCGUCGGCGCGGCCCAGCCAACCAAGCUUCGCGAGUGCGUCGGGCCCGCCUCGGGCGGCGGCGAGGCAGCCGCGGCCCGCGCGGCCCUGCUCCAGCGUGUGACGGGCGAGUCCGCGGUCGUCGCCUGAGCGAGAGGCGCGGCAGCGCCUUCCGUCGGGCUCGCCAGCGGCCAGCGGUGCGUGAGCACGACACGCGAGCUUUUGUUCUCUCAUGUCUAGUCGUGCAUUCCCGAUUCCAUAUCGUCUUUUGUUUGAUUGUUCUCUCUCUGUCUCCUGACUCUCCUCUCGUGCACUCUCGUCCCGCGACGAGUCACACUGUUCGAGUCUCGUGUAUGUGCGUUUUUGAUCGCAGCCAGCCAUUUUACAUACA